CUGCCUCUCGCUGCCGGCUUUCCCUCGGCAGUUCGGGAUAGAGGAAGUUGGCCAGACUCCUUUCCUUUUGAGCCAAGGCAUGGGCUGCUUGGGAGGAGUGGAGCCGGCUUGGGAAGGAGUACGACAAAAAGAGGGAAAAUAUGGACAUGGAAAAGCCCAGAGACUUUGGCAGUCUCCGAGCAAUGUUUCAAAAUGAUUCCAAUUUUUCCAAUAUGCUCCUGGAGUCUGCAAAGAAGCCUACUACCAAAUUCAGUCCACGGCAAAAUACCGGCGGCUCGUCUGUGUCUCAUCCCACGCCAAAACCCUUGAACCAAAGGCAGGUUCCAGAUCCUGAACAGCAAACCAAGCAAUUCAGUUACACGUCACAGAAACUGGAACUCAGGCAAGUCAAGCCUAUGAUAUUCCCAAAGGUCAAGCUCAAAGAUAGGAAGGACCCCAACCUCUCUGGGGCCAUUUGCAAGCCACCUUCAUUGCGGGAAGAAUUACAGAAACCACAUCCAAGACCUCAAGGGUCUGAAGGAGCAAGCAGUUCUUUUCGCAACACACUGCACAUUUGGGAAAGUGCUUCAGCACAAGGUGACUGGAAAUGUGGUGCAACACCACCACAGCAUACAAUCAGGACAACUUCUCUUUCCCACCCCAAAGUUGUUAAUGUUGCGAUUUCGACAGAGGACAAAGCAAAAAUAGCUGGACUUAAGCAAGGGGUGGCUCUUGAUGUGUGUAAGCCUUCAUCCCCUGUACACAAUGAAUGUGUUCCUACAACUUCACCUCCAGUUCCUCCAAGAAGUCAUGCAAGCUUAAAUAAAGUGGUUGCUGGUUUUUCUCCAAGUAGUUCGAACAAUUUGAACAGUCUAAGCAAGGUCUCAAAUGAAAGAUGUCCUGAUGAUGAAAAUACCAAGCUUCCAAAAAUCAAGCUCCUCCCUUCUAUCAAAGAGCUUGGUCCUCCUCCAAAGAAGCCACCAAGACCUCCCAAGGUAGAUCUUGCUGCCUUCCAGCAGAAUUGUCCAGAUAAUCCAGAUGAUGCAUACUUGACACCCGAAAUUACUGAACUGGAAGAUUUGAACACCUAUGAAGAAACCAUAUACUACCAGGAACAGCAAGAGAACUGUCCUAAUUUUGUUCAACGGCCUAUACAUUCUUUCAAGUCUUUGAAAAAGGAAGAUACUAAGAUUUGCAGUCCCAGAACUAUAUUCAUGAAACCCCAAAUCAGAGGGAAUGAGAAGAACAUGCCUCAAGAGGAAACAAAUCAGUGUUUCUCUGGAGAAGGAUUGGCAAAGGAUGGAGAUUUUUCAGAUGAUUAUGUAUGCCUGGAAUCUUUAAGAACGGAUGAAAGGAAGUGGAACCCAGAUAUAAGAAUUGCUACAUUGGAGCAAGCUGCAGAGGAAGUGUAUGAUGAUGUGGAAGGAAUAGAGAGAGACCUACAAUCCUCCGAUGCCCACAGAUCAUUUGUUUUACAUUCCAAUGAUACCUACGAAGAAACAUAUGAAGAUAUUCAAAGUGACAUUCCAAGUGAAGGUUAUAAUUCCUCCAAAUCAGAAAUUUCUGGAAAAGGAAUUAUUCAUUCCAGGAAUUAUAAAAGGGAUAUCAAAAUUGAAAAACUCAAAGGAUUUGGAAAAUUUUUCAAAGGAAAAUUCAAAAUAAAAAGCACACACAUGAAAGAGAGUUCUCGCAAUCUUUCCCGUUCUGUACCAAACCUAGUUGCAGAUGUCAUGGCCCAGGAAAACUUCGUGUAUAAUGACAUUGACCCAGAACAAAAUGAUACAAGAAAUCCCUUUAAAAUCAAGAAAUACAUUGUAGAAAAAAAUAACAAGAUGACAAAGGAGGAACAAUCGUUUAGAGAGAGAUUUAUGUAUAAUAAAGAAAUCACAGUAAUAAAUACGGCAGUUGCACAUUGCUCAAAUACUCCUAUCAGAGGAAACCUGGACUUGAGGAUCUUGCCUGGAGAACAGCUUGAAGUUAUAGACAUCACUGAGGGAAAUCAACUGAUAUGUCGGAAUUCUGAAGGCAAAUAUGGGUAUGUGCUAUUAGAACAUUUGAAUUUCAGGCACUAGUGCUGUACAACUGAAGGCCAACACGUGUGACUUAUGGAAGGAUGCUGUAGGCACAAUACAGGGGAAAUAGUCUGCAAGAAUGUUCGUUGCUUAGGAAAGAAAACAAAAAACGGAAUUGUGGACAACACACUCAGUCUGAAUUCUUCAGAAGCUGACAACUGCUACUUUUUGAAUGAUUGUCAUAAAAGUAACUUUUUAAAAAAGAAUGCUUGAUAUACAUGUUUUCCUGUCCAAAGUUUAUCAAUCUAGGUGCAGAGUUACAAAUAACUUAGUAUCAUUGUCUGUAAAAACUUUUUUUUCAAACUUUAUUUCAAAUUACAACUCUUCCCAGAGCAGCUCUUUUUAACGGUAAUUGCAAAUGUCACUUUGGUUCUUUGGAUACUGUAUAGCAAUACUUAGUCUUUGUGUGCAAAAUAUAUUACCUGCUUUUGACACAUUUUUUUGUAUGUAUUUUGUCAAUGUUAGGAGUAUCACACUUAGUUUUAUACUUAAUUGUGUAUUUAAUUAGUGUAAGAAUUUGUGGACUUAG